GAUUUCACUUAUUUCCUUUUUUCAUUCUUCUGUUUUUCACAGGUUCAUUGCUAAACCAUGUGCCUUAGGCCUUAAAGUCCAAGCCAACGGACCACAGAAAGCUCAACCUAAUGCUAUCCUGGAAAAAGUUUUCACAGCUAUUACAAAGCAUCCAGAUGAGAAGAGGCUGGAGGGCCUCUCCAAGCAGCUGGACUGGGAUGUACGCAGCAUUCAACGUUGGUUUCGUCAAAGACGCAACCAGGAAAAGCCCAGCACUCUUACGAAGUUCUGUGAGAGCAUGUGGAGAUUCACAUUUUACCUCUAUAUAUUUACCUAUGGAGUACGGUUCUUGAAAAAGACACCCUGGCUCUGGAAUACCAGACAGUGCUGGAACGGGUAUCCAUAUCAGCCACUGAUGCCUGACCUUCAUUAUUACUACAUAGUUGAAUUGUCAUUCUACUGGUCCUUAAUGUUUUCUCAAUUCAUUGACAUCAAGAGAAAGGAUUUUGGCAUCAUGUUUACACAUCACAUUGUAACAGUCACCCUGAUAACCUUCUCAUAUGUAACCAAUUUGACACGAGUGGGAACCUUGACUUUAUGUCUCCACGAUGCGGCUGAUGUUGUCCUAGAGGCUGCCAAAAUGGCGAACUAUUGCAAGUGUCAAAGACUGAGUGAUCUUCUGUUCCUUACAUUUGCCAUUGUCUUCAUUGUCAGUAGGCUUGGUAUAUAUCCUUUAUGGAUAUUAAACACAACGUUGUUUGAACUAUAUGAAGCUUUGGGCAAUUUUCCUGCCUUGUGGGUCUUCAACAUGCUGCUUGUGAUUCUUCAAAUUCUGCACUGUUUUUGGUCUUACCUAAUCAUAAAGGCAGCCUACAAAGCUAUAUCAAAGGGCAAGGCUGGGAAGUGGAACCCCUUGCAUGUAGCAAAGGAUGACCGAAGUGACAUUGAGUCAAGCUCAGAUGAGGAAGAAACAGUACCUCGUUCAAAGACCCCACACAGCGCUAUCUCCACUAAUGGGACCAGCGGUGCCAAUGGGACAAACGGGUAUCUCACUGGUGGCACUUGCUCAGAGGAGCAUUAA